AUGCUAUCUGCGCGCGUGACUCACUCUGGUGCGGCGCUGCACGGCCGCGGCCCGCCCGCUGCCAAGGCGGCCGUGGCUGCCGCGGCUACCCGCGCGGCCGCCCUUGGGCCCCGACCCGGGCAGCGGCUGCCGCCAAACAGGAAGACCCGCCGGCCGCCGGGGCCGGGAAUAGCGGCCGGCCGCUGCUAUUCCGGGCGCGGCGCGCGCGCGAAUAGCCCGGGUUCACACCCCGCGCCGGGCAGACGCGCUGCCCAGGCGUGUCCUAGCUGCCGCCAUGUCACCUUCCAGCUGCCAAACGAGACGAGGCCGCCCCCGCCGCCCCCGCGCUGCCUGUCGGCGGCGGCCCUGCAGCAGGCCGAGGUGGCGCUGGGGGCGCAGCGGCGGCAGCUGGCCGACCUGGAGGCGGUGCGCGCCCUCUCGCCCCCGCGGGCGCCGGUCCCGCCCCCGUCGCCUCCGACGCCGCCCCCCGAGGCGGAGGGGGCUGCUCGGCGUCUGGAGGACGCCAGGCGGCAGCUGGAGGCGGUGCGCGGCGCGCUGGAGGCGGCGCCGGUGGUCAGCUGCCGCAGCGUCGCCACCGACACUUCCUCCGAGACGCCGCCCCCGCCGCUGCGGCCCUCCAAGCGCGUCCAGGCGUCGCCGCCGCGGCGCGGGAAGGCGCCGCCGCCCACAACCAGAAAACCCCAGAAGUCUGAGAAAAAUGAAACGUCCAGUUUGAAGAAAACUUCGUCGUCACAAACGGAUGUACUGGUGCGUCCCGGAACCAGUGGGGGACAGCCGGUGCCGCGGUCGCGCGUCAAGGAGGCGCUGCUGAGGACUGCCGAGCAGGUGUCCGCGUCUCGUGCCAGUGUGGGCACCCUGAGGACGCUGCUGAUGCCCCGCCACCACCAGCACCAGCACCAGCACCAGGCCAGGCCGCAGCACCAGCCACACUGCAAAUACUACCAGGGUGAGCCACCAGCGAAUGCCGCCAUCUUCGACGUGAGGAGCCAGAAGGACGAGGAGCAGGCUGAGGUGCGCCAUUCCAGGCUCCAGCUCCAGAGGCUGCCUGCACUCACCAUCCGCAGGCAGCUCCAGGUGCAGUGGGGCCCCACAGUGUCACUGCCACAGCCGGGAGAGUCUCCGCCACCGGGCCCGCCCCCCGGACACAACGUGCGCCUCUUCGAGGUGCGACACGGUGACGCGCGGGCCGCUGCGUCUGCCCGCACUGCAGCCACUGCCCCCACCCUCGGGCAGACCUCUGCGGUGCAGAAGCAGGCAGAGGCUUGCAGCUCCCAACAGCUGCCAUCUCCAACACCACCACUCAAGCUGGUGGAUGUGUCACCCCUGCGAGAACUGCCCCCAGAGCAGCCCCCGGUACAAGUGUCACCUCAGCCACCACCUCCAGUACCACGCCCGCUGCCCCCACAAUCGCCGUCCCCAUCGCGGAGGGGCAGCCCAUCCCGACAGCGGACAUCUCUUGCAAAGGCGACCUCUCGGGGCAGACCUGGCCGGCACGCUGCUUCCAGGACGCCGAGAGGUCACCCGCUGGCCAUAACACUUUCUUCAGUGCGGCGUCCACCCCUCGGCGGUUUCCGAGGGGCAGCCAGGUCGGGGGUUGCAGCCACAUCUGACACCAGUGGUCGAAUUCGGGUCACCGGUCGAUCUCCGAGAGGCCGUCUGACCGCACACCGUGGGUCUCCGACUCGCAAAUCGCCACCCAGAGGAGGUGUCAGUGCCCCCACAGCUCGCAGAUCUGUUCCCGGCACGUCUGCACCACCCCCGGGUCACAAUGCUGUUCCAGUUGCCUCUCCAGCAACAUGCCGAGCUCCUGCCAGGGUAGACGUUACGGUGACGUCACUGCCUUCCUCAGUGCCAGGGGGUCUGACCCACAGUAACCCACCCGAUGUGCUGUUCCGAGAACUGUCAGCUGCAGCGGAAGCACGUCGUGUCACCAGUAUACCUGCUACAGGGGCUGACAACUCUGCAGACAAACCACUGGGUGCAGAGCACGAAGCGAGUCCCUUUGCAGAUGCGUCCGUGACAGACAGGGAGAGACUGGGUCUUAUGGACAAACUGGACACAGAAGUACAUGCCGACACAGACGCAGACUUGUGGGCCGUCGCUCAGCGGAUCCGCAGGCAGCAGGAGGUGACCGACAUAGAGCACAGGGUGCUGGACCUUAUUGGUGCCAGGGUGGUAGCAGGACUCUUAAACAAGGACAGAAAGCUGGAGACAGAGAAAUGGAGAAAACAUUGUGGGCAACAGUCUUCCCUGCCAAAUGAAAUGGAUGAAGUCGGCGAGCACAGGGUGCUCGGUGAAGGCAUAAGCAUGGAAGAGACAGAAAUUCGGACACCCAUCAACUAUGAUGACUACUUGGAUCAGGAACCAGCAGAUAGUGAGGUGAUGAACAAUGGAAGUGAGGAUGGAGGCAGUGUCGAUGGUGGCUCACUUGACUAUGAAGAUGACUUUGAAGAUGAGGAGGGAGAAGCAAAUCACCAAGAAACUCCUCCUGUGCUUGGUGAUGCAGCAGAAAAGGAACCAGAAGAGCAGGAAUCCACUUCUAUCCCAGAGAUCCAGGUGGAUGGCAAGCUGCUGAAGGAUGACAAGCUGAGACAAGGAACUCCUGAGGUGGAAUCGACCAGCCACCACAUGCCACCCAGCCCGGAGCCUGCCACUCGCCCGCCCUCGCGUGUACCGCCGUCACCCACGCGUACGCCACUCUCGCCCGAGCGAUUCGGCACAGUCAGGAUCCGCAGCAGGCGCACGGGCGGAGUGACCACUGUCCACCUCCCUCUCCACCUCCCAAUCCCUACUCCUGUGUCAUCUCCAGAGCGCAGCCAGCCCGGGCCUGCCCACCGUGUCGUCACGCCAGAGAGGUCCCCGUCGCCUCGGAGCGGUGGGUACGGCGCUGGCGAGAGAGUUGCCACACCGCCGCCCAGUCCGGAGCAUGUGAGGGAGCGUGUCACAAUGUACAAGUGGCGAUCACGGAUUGAGGCACCGCCAGCACCAGCGCUCACACCCCCGGAGUCCCCACCCCCUGAGCCACGCAGCGCUUUCAGCUUCACUCCGGAGGGCCCCUCCCCACGCUCCAGCCCUCCCCUGCCGAAUUCUGCCAGUGCCAGAGAGGCGGCGACUGAGACUCGUACUGAACCGCUACGUGUGGAUGCCGGGCAGCAGACUUCGGAAGAGGCACGUGCCGCGGUGGAGGCUCGGAUCGUGCAGGGCCGCCUCAGCUGUGCAGUGGAGUCGUACCUCACCUCUUCGAGCAGCCUGACCUACAGCUCCUCCCUCAGUUCCAAUCUGCAGGUGCAGAGCCAGGACUCACUGUCGUGGGGAGAAGUGCGGCCGCAACUUGAUGCCUCCUCCUCUGCUGACACGCAGCUGAGUCAGGGGGAGGUGCUGCCAGGAGCCGUGCGGGAGCCAGCGUGGUUGUGCAGCAGCCUCAGUGAGGGAGAGGCGCCUGGCCAGCACCGCUGUAGCAGGGUCCCCUCCAGCAGCCAACAGGCAAAGGCUGUGCCAGUCAGAUUCAUAGCAACUUCAACUGCUGCUGUUGAUGGGAAAGAAAAUGGAGGGACUCUGAAGGACCUGAGUGAAGGGGAAGUUAGCGAGGGCCUGGUUCCUGCAGUCCUUCCGCACAGUAUGCCUGAUGACACGGACAGCACAAGUGUGAGCGACACGUCAUGACAGAGGCUGCUUCUGUUUCCCUUCACAUUCUCAGUGAUUUACUCCAAUGUCAUUGCCUGUACCAUAGCACCUGUUGUUCCUAAUUCAGUACUGAAAAUGGCACCAGCUGAAGAUAUAUACAAUACAAUGGUACAGAGCUUACUGUUUUGUUACAGUCGAGGAAAACUAGAGGUUUUUAUUUUGUUUUAUUAUUUUUUUCUUACAUAAUGUAAUGAUGACCAAACUGAGAAAUGGAGACAGCACAUUAUUUUCAAGAGUGUCUGUUAGUAAGAUGACAUAUGAAACUGAAUAUGCUACAUAAGUUGAAUGCAUAGUUGUCAUGAUGAAAGAAAUUGUAACCUAAUUGAGUCCCCUUUGGUGCAACAGUGACUUGGUAAUACAAUACCUCAAAAUAAUGUUGACAUCAUAUCAGGGUUUUAACAUAGUUCAGAUAACAUAUGUGAGAACACAAUAACAGUCAGAGAUAAGGAUCCAGCAACUGAAAGAAUAAACAUCAUUAAUUACUGCUAGUUAAGGAGAUCACUACCAAAUGAAAGAAGGAAAACGAAUGAGUAAUGACUCAAACUCUUUACAUACUACUGUCAGUUUUGUUUGAUAUGACAUCUGCUAAGGAAAUCUGAUUGCAAUCAGUUAAUAAUAAAGACUGAAACAUCCUGUUGUUCAGGAACUGAUGUGGAUACCUUUCAGUUGCAGCUGACCUAUCAUUUACAAUCUGUAAUAUUUAGUGUUGCCAAAUUUUUUAAAAUCUGUUUUUGUGUUAAGCAAUAUGCACAUUAAAUCAAUGUGCAAUAAAACAUGAAUAUCAUAUUUCCUGUAUUGCCCACUUUCACAAAAUAUUCUACAGUGCACACUUUUAAUACACAUUCGAACAUUUGUGUUCUCCUUAAAUGUUUGUUUCAUCAACACCUUUCUAUUCCCUUCAACAAAUUUGUGAAAUAAGAACU